UUCUGGGUUGACAUCGGAAACCGUCUGCCUUACGUGUACUACAGUAUAUAUUAUCUGUUUUUCCAGUUAAAUAUUUAUUGUACUACAAACUUUUAUUAGUUUUAUUUUAAAAUUUACUUAUUUUACUAAAAUAUUGCAAUGUCAAAUUCGUCUGAGUUCCGAAACUUUAAAAAAUUUUUAAGGAAAAUAAUUAAAUAUCAAAUCCCAUUGUAGAGAAAAAGAAAGAUAGUCUCUACUGCCAGUGUUUUAAUCUAAGUUUCCUUAAAACGUGAAAUGUUAUAUUAAAACUACAUAUGUAUGUAGUCCAUAUAUAAGUACAUAUAACGAAUUAUGUAAAUUGAAUAACGUUAUCAAAAAUGUUUCUGGGUAGAUAUUAUAAAAAUUCUAUUACUUGGUCCGCAAGCAACUGCAUAAGAAAAAAUUUUCAAAAUCAAUUUAAAAUUAAGCUACAAUUCGUUUUUAAGCAAAUUUAUACGAGUGCUUUGGUUAAAAAUUUUGGAACAAAAGAUAAUGACUCUGGAUGGGGCGAUAAUUUAGAGAAAAAUGGUGAAUUGCAAAUAAUGAAAAAGUUCAUUGAAAAAGACUUGUAUCCUUUAACAAAAGAUAAAACGUUACUUUCUAUGAAGCAUUUAAUUAGUGUUGAUGAGAUUUUUCAGCAUCAUGAAAACUUCCAAGAACAUUAUAGUGGGCAAGCAUUUGCACAGGCUCUUCAAAAAAUUUUGAUGUUUCAACAAACGUUUCCAAAUGAAAACAUAAAAUUGUUCAAGAAAUUGCAAGUAUUGUUGAAUAAUAUGAACAAAGUUAUUGUAAAUAUGGACCUAAAUGAAAGCAUUUAUUGUUUACUAUACGUAGUAAGGCUUGGAGUGGACACUAAUAAUACGAGCACACAAAAGUUGUUUUUAAAAUGCUAUAAUUGUUUAGAUGUUGAAGACGAAGUCCCCUUAUCUACAUUAUUAAAAUUUUCAUACAUAAUCAAAAAACGAAGAGGGUUUUAUAACUUUGAUAUUUGUAGCAAAUUGAUUGCUUGUGUGGCUAGACAUAUCGAAAAUAAUGGAGACUGUGAAAGUUUAUAUGCGGCAGCAGCAUGCUUGCAAAAUAUUAUAUCGUUUGUUCCAGACGAGCUUAUUGAAAAGUACAAAAUUAAAGUAGAAAAAAAUAUACCCACAAAAGAUUUUGAUAAUAUUGCUACUAACAGAAUUUUGAUAAUUGCCACACUUUUUUCUUAUCCUAAAUGGUCAAACAUGAAUCAUAAUCUUAUUCGAAAUUUAUUAAUUAUUCUAUUAAAUAGAAUAGAAAAAAUGAAUACUAAAGAAGUGGAAUUAACUUGUAAAUUAUUUCAAAAUAACCUUGAACCUGCAAAUAUGCUACCUAAAAUUUUUCAUAUGAUUGAAAACUUAAAUGAGGACAAUUUGAGCAUUGAUUUGAUUGCGUUUGCGGCAAAUUUCAAUAAAUCUCAUAGAAAAUAUUUGUUUGAAAAAUCUAGAAAAAUAGUUGAAAAUAUUUCAUUAACAAAUAACAUUUCAAAACUGUCUUCAUCGCUCUAUAAUUUAAUAAGAAAUCUAAAAGUUUCUGAUUUUCACUUAUGUAAUCUGUAUUGGUCAAAACUGUUAUGUGUAGUAAAAUCAGAUCCUCAACAACAGAUGGAUUUUUUGCUAGCAAAACAUUGUUUUCGGUAUAUGUUUUUCAAUAAUAAUGUUGGGGGAACCUUCCGUCAUUUAGAAUUCGAAAAAACUUUAAGCCGAUAUGCUGAAGAAAUUAUAUUGAAAAAUGAGUGCGAGAAAAACAAUAGGAAUUUUAUUAUAUUAGCAAGUUUUAUAUUGGCUUAUGGUGCAGGAAGCAAAAAUAAACCAUACGAAUUGCCUCAACUUUUAAUUACAAAAUUAGAGGGAGCAGAACAUACGCUCAGUUAUUAUGAUUGCUUUCACUUAUCGAAAGGGAUUCAAAUAGCUUCAGAACUAAUGUUUAAAAACGAUAUUCCAAAAAAUAUAUUUUUAAAAAUUGUUAGAAUUAAAAUUAUAAUAGAGAGACGUAUAAAACAUUUUUUAGGUAAUGAAGAAAUAGAUCUUUCUAAGCUAAAUUUUAUUAUCAGAUGUUUAAACAAUAUUAAAGUAAGUCCAUCAUCGGAAGUUUAUGUCACUGCAAUAGAAUGCUACAAAAGUGUGUGUUCUAAAAACAUUAAUUCACGGUUAAUCCGUGAAAUUGCUUUAAAUCUUCUAGUUUCAAAUUAUUUAAUUUCCACAAUUGUUAGUAAAAGUUUCGAUUAUGUUUUUAAAAAUAGAGACUUUGUACUAGGCGAUACAGUCGAAAAACUUUUACAUACAGCAUAUAGUUUGGCUUAUAUUCCAGAAAACGAAGAUGUGUUACAUUGGUCCGCCGAAAUUAUUAAAAGAGAUUUUGAUUUCAUGACCGGGUCAAGCAUUGUUAAAGCUUGUUUAUCACUUUGUUAUUAUAGAAUUUUACCAUCAGAACUUGUUCAAAAAAUUUUUACUCCAGAAUUUAUUAAAAAAAUUGAAGAUGAAAUUGAAUUAUGUUAUUCAAAACAAACAUACCCUAGCCGAAUUUUGAAUCAAGUUAUGGAAUUAAAUCGAUCUGUGUGCAUAGACUUCCCAGAAAUGCAAAUUCCUUGGUUUCAACAAAAUUACAUUGAAGCACAAAUGAGCAAAAACAUAAAAAAUCCGUCAAAAUUGUUUAUAGAAGUUGAGAAAGUCCUUUUAUCUGUAGUGAAAGAUAAAAAACGGAUAUUAUUAAAUCAAACUACACCUUAUGGAUAUACCAUUGAUUUCGUUGUACAUUUACCCAAUUAUCAAAAAAAAUUGGGAUUAAAAAAAUCUCAAUUGAAUGAAGAAUCUAAAUUCGCCAUAUUAAUUCUGAGACAGGAUGCCUAUUGCACCAAUAAUAAUGAAAAUUUAACAGGACAUGAGCAUAUGCGUGUUCGUCACCUUGAAAUGCUUGGAUUUAAAGUCAUUCACUUAAGUAUUACUGAUUGGAAUGCCCUUUAUAUGAAUAUCCCAGGUGCGAAAGUGAAGUAUUUAAAAGAUUUGAUGCAAUUGUUGUGAAUUGGUUAGAUGAAUAUUAUUAAAAGGUCUUAUUAUGUAAUUCGAUUUUCGCAUUUGGAAAAAUUGUAAGGUAGCACGAAUCAAUUUGUAUGGCAUGUACUAUUUUUCCAUUUCUCUAAGUAUGAAAAUCUAAUUACAUAGUAAAGUCCACUUAAGUAAUUUUUUAUAUUUAAAAACGGAAAUUGUUUUAAUUUGUGUUAAAAUAUAUUUCGUAAAAAAAUGUAAAGGAAAACCAUAUAAUGUAAAUGAAAACUUAAAAUAAUAGUUUAUAUAAAAUUAUCUUA